AUGAAUAGCGGAGGUGCCUUGAUGGAUAAACGCCUAAGAAAAGAGCGCACCAAAAUGCGGAUUCCCGGCUUCUUCUCUAACGCUUGCUUUAUUGGAAAACUUAGCAAAAAGCAAACUGUGCCACUAAUUACUUUUAAUUCGUCUUCUCACUGGGUGUGGAACGCCACGGCGUCGUCGGUGGAGGGCCGCGGUGCGGGCGGGGCGGACGAUCCCGCGCCCUCGCCCGCGCCCGACGCGGAGGCGCCCGUGCGCCGGCGCCGCCACCGCCCGCUCUAUCGCCGCCUCUUCCACUAUGUCCGCACCGCCUGGACUGGCGUCAAGUUUGCAUUAGGUCUCACAGCGCAGUCAGAAAAUUCGGAACUCGAGGAGCUGGGUGAACAACUGCCGCGGUACCGGCCGGACUCGAUAGCGGCACUGCGGCGCGCCACACGCUUCACGGAGCUCAAGCGCCUGUACCGGGGCUUCAAGGCUGAAUGCCCCACAGGAGUCGUCAAGGAGGAAACUUUCAAACUUAUUUAUUCGCAGUUCUUUCCGCAAGGAGCAAACACCGCUCAGUACGCGCACUUUGUAUUCAACACAUUGGACCAAGACAGAAGCGGCCUGCUAAGUUUUGAGGAAUUUGUAACCGGGCUAUCAAUAUUAUCGAGAGGGACCCUAGAAGAAAAGCUAAGAUGGACGUUUUCACUAUACGAUAUCAAUGGCGACGGCUGCAUUACUAAGGAGGAAAUGACUGAGAUCGUCACAGCUAUAUACGAUCUCAUGGGGAAGAUCGUGGAGCCGAUGUUGGAAGAUGAUGUGAUAAGGGAGAAAGUUGAAAGACUGUUUCAGAAAAUGGACUUGAACCGCGACGGCGUGCUGACACUAGACGAGUUCCUGGACUGCUGCCUGCGCGACGAGGACAUCUCGAGGUCGAUGGGUGUGUUCGACAGCAACUUCUGACGGCCCGCGGCCGCGCGGGCCUCCACGUGCCGCGUCCCAUGACAUUCACCCGUCACCUCAUAUUGUACAUAAGGUCCUGCAAUUCUGCCAAUAAUACGUACCACGUAUUGUAAAAGUAGUUAGGAAAACGAAUGUUGGUAGUGCGGUAUUAUAUGCCACUUGGUGUCAUAGAUUUGUGUUACCACUUAUGGUUAUCCCCUUAAUUGUUAUUGCCAGACCAAUUAAGAAUGACGUGGAUACACAAUGUAUCUUUAAUUGGAUUACUAUUAUUGUAAAAAGAAAUGCCUUAUUUAUAAGAAGCUUUAGCGAAGAUAAAGUGGAUUCAUAAUAAUGGUGUUUAGUAAGUGGCACCAGUUGCUAUGUAAUAGGAAAGGAAAUGACUUGUUUUGUAUGUAGGCAUCAACAAUGCGAUGGUGUAAGGCUUAUUUUGUACUAAUAAUUAUUAGGACCUUUACUAAUUUAGUAUAAUUAAGUGUCCAGUUAAGAACUUGUUAUAAUUCCACAUAAUUAUAGUUUUAUGGUAUAUUCUAGCGGUAUCCUUGCCUUCGAUUGGCAGUUUUUAGACCCUCGCUAGUUUUAGUUAGCUGUAACUGGCUUGAUAUUGUAACAUUCCCACAAGCGGGCUCCGAGUGGUCCGACUGUAAUGCUACGUUUUAGUUCACCCUUGGAAUCUACUUAUCCGAUUGUAAAUUUUGGUGGUCGUUUAGCUUAAAUGUUAUGAAAAUCCCGAAUUCAACUUUUAAAUUAUAUUUUGUGUAAAAUAGAUGUAUUACCUUAACAACAUAACAUAACAUUUGAACUUUCUAGUUUGAUGAAUGAAUUUUACCUAUUAGUCACAAAUAUAAGAUAUUUAUGAAAAUAUAGUCUUUUAUCUAAAUAUUUAUGUAUUCCAAAAUGGUAGUUUUAUCUGAAUAUCACUGAUAAUAAAUAAUUCUAAAACUAAAUAUUUUAAAGCUGUUCAACUAGACAUAGAAAAGUUUCUUCUUAUACCCAUUCAGUCUUAAGAAUAUAAUAUUAUUAAUGUUCGUAAAUACAAAUGCCAUCCAUAGUUAAACAUUUUCAAAUUAAAUAAUUGCAUUUUGAAAUGCUUAAUAAUAUUUAAAUGCUUCUCAAUUGCACCGCUUGUUAUCGCCCGAACAUAGAAAUUGUGAUUCCAUUGACCACAUAAAUUAUUAAAAUAACUGGAAUCGACUGAUACUAGUGGUCAUCAAGUUAGCCGCUAAUUUUGGCUGUUCUUUAUAGCCUAAUCUCAGACGAUUCAAAUUACUUAUUAAAAUUGUAUGUUGGUACUCAAAUUGUCAGCAUACCACGAAUACUUUAACUAUGUGCUCGGUGCGUCAUAAAAAUCUCAUGCAGAAAUAAGGACAACUUCAGUAGCUUCCUUCUCAAAAUGAUCAAUCUUUUUUUCCUUCAUUUUGAAUUGUUCCGGCCAUUUUUCAUAGUAAUUAGAUAUAUUUUCUUGAGGAUAUUUAUAGUAUGCAUACCAGAUAAGUAACCUAAUCCAUUUUCAGAGCUGAUAGCGACAGGUUCUGAUGAAAAAAUUGCAAUUUGUCUCACGUUAAAACAAUAAAAUUUACCUACUACAAGUAUAACAUUCUCCAAAGAGAAAUCACCUAAGCUAAGCCGUAGCUAGCCAUAAAAAAAAACACUAAAAAGGGUCUUAAGAAAACACUGCCAUAAAAUAUUUACUGAUUGUCUUACACUUUCCUCAACAAUAAUUCGGAUGUAUCUUAAAAAUCAACUAUUCUUAAUUUUAAUUGACAAUAAUUUGCCCUAAAAAUUACGUAUUUUUUAAUCUCUCAUGUAUUUUUUUUUCAUACAUCGAUACCGGAAAGAAGACAAAAAUAUGAACAUCAUAAAAUAUUAAAAUGACUUUUUUCGAUGAAAUUAAUCUUAUGUUAACCGGUGUCGAUAGGUAUAUAAAACCUAUAAAAAUAUUUAACUUCAUAAUUGUCAGUCUUUUUUAAAGAAAAUAAUUCUAUUUUCUCUAUAAAAAAUACCGUAAAUGUAAAUAUACCUUGUAAAUACCGAUAACAUAGAUUUUAAACGUGUAUAUUUUCAUAGUAAAUGUUAAAUGGAACCAAAUAACUAGAUGGCAUUAAUUAAACAUCGUAUUUUAAUAUCGAAAAAAUAAAAUGACACGCAAGGAAUAACAGCACUAAUAAUCUAUUUAUGAAUAAUAUGUAAUGUGAUUAAAAAGUGAUGAAAUAAUAAUUACUUUAAGAUAUUUUACGUUCAUAGUAAAUAAUUAAUAUGAAAUAGAUACACAAUUAGACGACCACAUUGUGCUUAGGACAUUCUAGCUAACGGCAUGCGGCACGUGGAAAUAUUUUCAUGUACAUUUUAAACAUUAUUUUAUUGGUCGAGCUUACAUAGAUAAGGAUUAUGUGUGUGUCUUCCCAAAUAAUACCGUUACGUUCAAACUAUCAUACAACCAUGUUGAUAAGCCCUAACCUACCCUUAAAUCAUAGAAACCAUGUCCCUAGUGUAAAGAGGUACACUAUUCACUACUUAAAAUACAUUCAUGUUAAACCAUCGCGCCUUUUUUACCCAAAGGGUUAGACAGGAGUUGAGGCGGGAUUCCAUCGGUGGUGUGCCGAACUGUGCGAACACAGCUGUAGUGGACACGCGUAACCGCAUUUUUGUUCGCGAACAAUAACAUUUUGGUGGAAUCUCGUCUUUACAACAUCCCUACUAUUUAUUUAUUAUUUGAUUAAAAUGAAUACGAAAAUAAUUAAUAAAAAUAUAAUAUUAGGAUUAAAACACAAUCUUAUGAUGAAAAUUAGAUGUUAUUAAUUAAAUAAAAUCUAUGUACGUUUUAAGUUGUUUUGUAUUAAUGUUACAUUAAUUACUGUAUGUUACCUACAAUUUAUUUACUUUAAGUAUUAUGUACAUCAGAUAUCUUAGUGCCAAAAUGACCCUUAUGAGUGUGCAGCCUUUUGUAUGAAACUCGUGUCCUUUCGUUUGUUUUAAUUCUAUCUAAAAAGGUUGCACCAGUUAAUUAAUCAGAGCGUUUAUAAUAGGCCUAUUAGGAUGGUAAAUUAAUAUCGAUUUUGUCUUAAGGUCCAUGUACUAGUCUAAAAUCUACAGGUACUUGAUGUUAGUUACUUUAGUAUAGAUGCUGUUUUGUCCCAUAGGACUUAAAUCUUACAUUGCAUGUGAUGUCAUAUCCAGAGUUUGUGCACCGAUUCGUUUACGAAAUUCAUCAAAUCUUGCAUAUAAUUUGUUCCGAACAUUCACGGGAAAUGAAGUACAUAUCAGUCAUUUGUAGUUCUCAGCUAUGGCCCAUCAAAAAACAUGUCUUUUUUUCUCUAAGCAAAUCAGGAUAUCUUAUUUGAUGUUGUAAUUGAUGCAUAAUUAAUCAGCAUCCGUGUACCUACAUUAUAGUGUGGACGUAAUGAAUAUGUUUAGGAACGAAAUCUGUAAAUUAGAUAUUUGAAUAUUGAAUUGUUUAUUUACAAAUUGUAUGUGUAUUUUAUAGAAAAAUAAAUAAAUACGAUUAA